AUGCACGCUCAGAGCUGGACUCGACAAGCGCUUGUAGCUUCGUUCUGCUUGAUUCUGACGCCCGCUUUCGCUCAGAGCCCAAAGGUUCUCGAUGCUCUUGACGGUAGCGAAGGAACCAUCUUCGAGAUCUCGGCUCAGGACAGUCGAGGCGAUAGCUCGAAUAGUGAUGCCAUGCCAACUCUGCUGGUUCAGAACAGUCAAAGAUAUGCUAUAAUGAUGCACAAGCGGAUAUCUGGCGAAGGCGACAAGAUGCUCGAGCUAGCUAGGCAUUCGUCGAGCUCUGCUGCUGCCGUCGACGACGAGACCAGCACACGAGCUGCUCGGCAUACUACGUCUUCCGAGGCAGCCUUGUUGACCACGACGCGGCUGAAUCCUAAGCAUCAGGCAGAGGCAGCCGCGUCUAAGACUCAGGCAGUCGUUGCAGAGCAGACAUCUAUAGCCGCCGCUGUGACGCCCGCCAGUAGACGCGCAGCGGCGACGAGAGCCACGCAGGCGUUCACAACGUCUCGAAUUGCUGCUGCAUCUUCCUCAUCUAUCGUUGUGGCGAUACAGAGCAGCGUGUCUUCAGCUCUGCCGACCGCUUCAGCCAUCUCGUCUCGGGAGCAACUACAGUCCUAUGGCAUCUUUGACAGCCGCAACAAGUAUCACAAGGGCUUCAUCGCCUGCCUGAUUGUCGCUGGUAUUGCGCUUGUCUUGCUCGUGAUCGCUAUUACAAAGUACAUCAUGCAUCUGCCACGCUUCGCGGACCCACAAGACUACCAAGAGGGGUAUCAGGACAAAUGGGCAAGCACGAUGGACAAGGGAGAGUCUCAUCAGUCGUGCGAGUCAGACACAACGCUACCGACGUACGCUGCGGCAGAUUCUUACACGCAAGAGGAUAUGCCUCCCAAUACUUUUGGACGACGCGCAGCGGUGCUUGAUGCAUCCCCUCGGCCGGACUGGCACCGGCAGUCUUCGUCCCACUUGAGGGUACCCGAACCGCAAUCACCCUCUGCGUUGCCAUACUACAGUGCGCCACGGUCGAAGCAAUAUAGCAUGGCGACUCGAAGCAACUCGGAACUUGCGCCUGCUCCACCGCUUGAUGCCACACACUGGUCACCUGGCCAGAUUGUGAACAGUAGCACUGCGUUCGCUCGACCUGCUCGGACGUACACGCCGCCAACAGCCCGCAUGAUGGCAUCCCAGACCGAGCGACGAUCGUCCGCAACGUCUGAGAGUCAUCGUUUCGAUGACGUUGUAGACAGGGCAGAUCUAGGACCGGUCUACGGCGUCCAAGAUCAGCAGACGUACCAUCACCGAGCGCAGUCCUCGAUCGGUCUCGGUAGAUCGCCCGGAGAGCAUACCAUGCGAAGAGGUUUCGUGAGACCUGUGAGCGAUGCAUAUGGCAGAUAUUGA